AUGCACCCGGCUAGUAACAGUUCAAUACCUUCUUUGAGAGCAGUGUAUGAUACAACACUAGAUGAAGACGAUAAUGAAGAUGACCAUGACCAUGACAAAGAAGUAGAGGAUAGUGCUGAAGAUGAGGUAUCUGAUGACCCGAAUGACUCUUCGUCAGCAGCUCACGGUAGAGAUAUUGAAGGCUUGGAGGAGUUCAACUAUAAAGAAUCUACCUCAGAUAUUGUAUCGUCUGUAUCUUUUCUCAGUCGACGUAUCACUCGAAAUUACGCCAGUGAAUUCAUCCUACCCGAUGAUACACGUGUAGCUGUGAGUCGUCUUGAAGGUAUCUAUCCUAUGGACAAUAGUGAACAAGUUAUACUAAGCCUAUCCGUUGGUCAUAAGAAUAUAUAUACUGGUCAGUAUUCACCAGAGGCUUAUCAGUCGACGUCUACACAUCCUGUCGGUGCAGAUGCCUGCAGCAAUCGAGUAUCCAUGAGUAGUUCAGAGAAAACCAACACUUCAACGGAGAAAAUGGUGAACAAGUCUGAUGACAAUCAAACUGCAGAUGAUAAAUAUUCAGAUGGAAUGGAGAGAAAAUCAUCGAAACUCAACAGUGAAAAUCAAAGUGAAUCUGAUUCAGUGAAGAUGAAUUCAAGUGCUUCAGAGACUUCGUUUGCGUAUAUCUCUCGAGGAUUACAGAUUGUUGACUACCUGGAUGACGAUCUUUGGGCAGCCACUAUUUUGCAGUGUGAUAAUGGAUCAAAUGCUGAUUUAUUAAGACAACUUGAAGCUGGCUGUCGUUUGGAACCAGAAGCGUAUAGGAUGGAACGUAUACAAACUGUAAAAAAUCGCGAAACUGUCAUCGACUUCCCCAGCAAACCAACAGUCAGGACGAUAAACCUGAGUCGAUCUACAAGUGAGACAGAUUCAGUCGAUACAACAGUUACUGCGGUAGAUUUAGACACAGAAUCGUGA